ACGAGUAUGCACGGAGCCGGCCGAGUGGUGGGUAAGGGUGGAAUCUCGAGGAAACUGGCUUGGCUUCUCAUUGUUCUCACGGGAUUUGGCGUCGCCGUAUACCACGUGACCUUGGUGAUACUACAAUAUCAGAAGUGGCCGGUUUCAACGCUGGUUACCAUAGAGUACAACAAAGAACUGCUGUUUCCUGCGGUGACUAUCUGCAAUAUCAACCCGCUCAGACGAUCAGCACUCAGCAGCGAGUACCUGAGAGAAAUAGAACAAAUCAUCAGAGAGAAGAACAACUCAAACGAGACGGAGACUAGCACCGAUGAACAGCAAAACUUCGACGAAUACUCGGACGACUUCGAGAUAACGAAGUCCAUUCAGCAGAUCAUGGCCACCAUGAAAGACAACGCGAGGGCGAAACUGGGCUACAGCAUGGAUCACAUGCUGCUGAACUGCGAGUUCCAAGGUCUGCCUUGUGUUCCAGGAAACUUUACUCGAUUCCACAAUGGGGAGUUCGGCAACUGCUUCAUGUUCAACCAGGAACCCGGGAUGUGGUCGAUGAUAACCAAGACUGGGACGCAAUAUGGUUUGACGUUGGAGAUGUAUGCGAUGGUGGAUGAGUAUAUCGCCGAGGUGGCCGACACCGUGGGCUUCAAGAUCCUCAUCCACAGCCAGUCCGUGAUGCCGUUCCCAGAGGACGACGGCAUCUCCAUCAGCCCAGGCACGUCAACGUCCAUUGGCAUCAGCAAGUUCCAGAUGACACGCGCCCCUCCGCCGUACAGCUCGUGUGCCGUGUACAGCGACAACGACGAGCGGACCAUCAACAUGUUCAGCAGCAUCCUCGACACCGUCCAGUAUUCGUACAAGGCUUGCGACAAGAGUUGUUACCAGAAGAAUGUGAUCGAGAAAUGUGGCUGCUGUGAUUUAAAACUGCCGUGCAGCGACGAGGCCCGUCAGAGUCUGAGGAUCGACGAGUCAAGUGAAAUAACGUACUGCAACACGACCAGCGGUUCUAUUCAGAAAGAGUGCACUAAUAAGGUGUUCAUAGAGUACCUCCAUAAUGAUCUUGGCUGUGACGAAUUGUGUUCACCAUCUUGCAGCGACGUGGACUACGACACAAAGGUGUCGUCGGCGGUGUGGCCGGCCGAGGUGGUGGUAGACAAGGUGUACGACAAAGUCGUAUCACGACGCAGAAAAACCAAUUCCUCCAAACUGGAUUUACCAGAAAACGAAACGAAACUCCAAUAUCUCAGAAAAAACGUUGCCAAGAUUCACGUUUACUACAAGCAACUAAAUCAUGAACAUAUUGAAACCAUUCCGUCAUACUCUUGGAACACGUUGCUGUCUGAUAUCGGUGGCCAGGUUGGAUUAUGGUUAGGAUUCUCCCUACUCACUGCAAUCGAGAUCGUCGAGCUUGUAGCAGACAUUUUUAUGACGCUGAUUAAAAAAAUACGCUGUAUUGCUCAAGUCGGUGAACAAAAAGCCGUACAGAGUGCUGUGAAAUUUUGAUUCCCACACAAUUAUGAUAACAGUUUUAAUGUGUCCCUCAGACAAAUUUAACAGACACUUUCUGAAAUGCAUUGAUUUUCUUGUUAAUCGUUUGUUUUAUCUAAAUCCCAGUUAUUGAUACAUGAUAUACAUAUGUAUGUAAGUAUGUAUAUAUAUCUAUCUAUGUAUGUAUGUAUGUAUGUAUGUAUGUAUGUAUGUAUGUAUGUGUGUGUGUAUGUAUGUGUGUGUAUAUGUUUUAUAUCUCUCUCUGUGUGUGUAUGUAUAUAUGUGUGGUGUGUAUGUCUCUAUGUGUGUGUGUGUGUGUGUGUGUGCGUGUGUGCGUGUGUAUUUUAUUGGAUAGUUUGGGUCCUUGUGCAAGCCUACAUUUACGAAUGUCUCUGUCAAUAUAAUAAUUAAAUAUUCAUUUAAGAUUUAAAUAUGUCUUGCGUUGCUGGACAUUAUAUUUUCAAUAUAAUUAUGUAUUAUUAAUGUUAUGUUUAUGCUAAAUAUUUUGGGUCUCAGUACAACACUACAUCUACGGAUGGAUUUCUGAAUUUAUCAUCCAUUAAAGGCUUUUGUUGGAGAGAUCGCUGGCACUAUAAUUUGCGAUAUCUCCUGCGAAAUUCUCUUAGGAAAUAUCGCUUCUUAUA